CCAUUUAAGAGCAAGGCCACUGUGGGAAAACAAACUCUUCAGUGAUUUGUUUGUGGAAUUAAGUAAGGAAUUAGAUCAGAAAUGCCUCUUGAAGCCAGCACAUAAUCACAGCUUAGUUACUGAAAUCAAAGCCUUUCCUUGGGAAAAUGGAUUUGUUAUGUAUUUACAGCAAUGUUAUUUUGCGUCACCAAAAUGUUUUGUCUGCCUGUGAUUAAUGUUACAAAUAUUUUUUUUUUUUACUUAUCAUAUGGCAGAAAAAUGUGAUAUACGCAUCACUGGGUAUCCUGGUUCUCACCAAGCUACCAAGAACCCAUCACUUUUAAUAAUCUGGUAUAAGUAAUAGAAAAUUUGUGAGGAUGUUCACAGUAAUUUCAUUAUGCUUGCAUAAUGACAAUAAAGGCCUCGAACUUGAUGCCAAGUUGGUGUUGGCACAAAUAUGUAGGUGCACAGGAAGAAGAGAACAGUAACAAUUUCUUUAUAUAAGAGGGUCAUAGAAGUAAAUUACACUGUAAAUCAGAAGAAAGUGUGGGGAAAAUUGUAUUGAGGAUUCUUGAGGAACUAAUAAACUAAGUAUAGGGGCAUAAUUUAUUUAAAAUUAUAUAAUAACUAUGAAGCAAUGUUUUUCUCCUUGUAUUAACUUGAAGAUCUAUGUUGCUCAGCCUUAGUUGGGAGUCUGUGGAUGAAGCCGAAUGAGCAUGAUUAACAGGUUUUCCAGUAGGAAAAUUAGCUGUGGAGUUCAUUUCUGCAGUGAAUUAUUGUGGAGACUUUUCUGUCCCUCAGUGGUGAUAAAACACAAUUGAGAGCUUACUGCCUCGCUUCUUUUCCAUUCUUCCCCACUCAAUUGUAGCUUAGUAUUAUUAGUAAGUGAAUAUGCUGUUAUUUAGCCCAAUAGCCCUGUUCUCUGUCCCUCUUACAUGCAAGUUUUUUUAUUCUCCCUCCAUUGUAUUCCAAGUAUUUUAUAGAUACUUAAACCCACAUGCACAAAAGCUCCACUGUAAUUUGUUGGCUAUAACAUAAAGCUUUAAACUGCUUUUUAUAGGCUGCUUUCACACCUCAUCUGUUUGUGUUCUGUUUACAGCAACUCUGCUGUGUUUGUCAGUUUAGCUCGAUUUGUUUAGGUUGGUGCGAAAGUAUUACGUGUUGUGUGCAGGUUGUUUUAUGACAGAAUAAAACCAAACCAAAGUCCUACAAUCAAACUCUGGUGUGGGGUAAACAACCAAGGCCGCCUGAGAAGGGGGGGGGAUGCCGUUCAUGGUGUAGCAAUAGAGUGUGCAAGUAAAACCGGAACUUAUUACAGCAUGUGAUUUUUUAGCAGCAAUAAUAUAUCAGUCGGGUAGGUCCGUGUGGUGCUGAUUAUGCAGGAGGCACCGAAUGGGUUACCUGUUGGUCCAUGUGACUUCAUGUUUACGCCUCUGGGUUUAUGUGCACAGUCAGUGUGAAUACAAAUGGGACCAAAAAUAAAAGGCAACAGUUUAUAAUUUUGAACUACAGCGUGAAUGCCAACUUAAUCUUCUCAUAUUGCGUGGUACCUUUUUAAGACAAUGUUAUGAUUUGUUGUAGAGUUACCAAAUUUUGAUCCUGCAACACAAACCUCUGCCGUGAUCAAAUACUGCUUCGUGACUGCAGCUGCAAACUCAUGUGUUUUCACUCUGUUCUAAAUGAGCAAUUAUAAAUUCGUAAGAUAGUGAAAACAAAUGGCCAGUGGGAAGCAGGUGGAUGUAAUAAUGUAGUGAGCGUGAUAAUCAUCAAGCUGAAAUGGCAAUUAAUAACAGUCAGUGCAAUGAAAUAGUUGCAGUGCUAAAAGGAUGUUCAAGUUUAAACUGUAGAUCAUCAAUGAAAGUGAUGAUCUGAAUAUAAUUUAAUAUAUAUUCUAUGUGAGUGGAACACAUCUUGAAUUAAUACAAACUACCUGGUGGUUUAAGACGAGAGCUGAUGAGAAACAGCAUUGUUCUUGACUGGUGUGGGAAUUUGAGAGCCCACAGCAGACUUUGAUGCUGGAGAGAGGUUUUGCUUGUGGGAUAAAUCAGGUGUACGAGGCAUUCAUAAAAUCUGUUGUUAUGUUUAUGUGGCUAACACGCUUAUGAAAUGUGAACUCAAAGGAAUUCUGACAGUGUGACAUACGGAAAGAUGUUUUUCCACAUUCCUACUGCUCCAACUAACUCCCCCAUAUUUUUUAUGGCCUUGUUGUUCACCGUUAUUCAAUCUCAGCGGUGAGCUGUCAUAACAUAUUGCGUCUGACUGUACUAGUCCCAUUUACUUUAUCAGCUCCAUGUUUCCCCCUGUCCCCAUGCUGUUUGACUUGCAUACUUCUUGAUCCCACAAGUGAACAUUAUUAAUCCAGAGCACAGCGGUCCCGUCCUCCCCAGCAUGCAUUGUCCUGUUCAGACACAUCACAGGAACAGCCGGAGGACCGAGCGCAUCCCGUGUCUCUGCAGCUUCACCUUGACAUCAGACCCUUUGCUGGAAAUGACGCCCGCUCUUUAGCGCUGACAUAUUGUCAAACCAGCCUUCCUGGAUCCACUUAGACACACGGAACUCACCACAAUUAGUGUAAUUCCCUUUUAUCUUAUUUCCUGUUAGUGCUUUUGUAGUCAUGAAUGGCAUCUAACCACCACUGUAAGCCACGAAUAAGCAUGUUUUUUGGAUGAGCCACAGCAUUUUAGCUCUUCUUGGUCCCCUCUUUGAAUUUUUACGUCAGUCAUAUGUUUUAUUUUAAUGUUUGCUCAUCGCAUUUUUUUCACACCCGUUGGAAUUCAUGGGUAUUUAACACAACAGCUGAUGAUGAAAUUGUCAUCAGCUGCUAUAAAUCAAUGGUGUGUAAUGGAAAAUACCAAUGAAAUCAAUAAUGACUACAAAUAUUAACGCCAACUCACAACUAAUCAUUAAAAAAUGUUUGAAGAUAAGCUUCCAUGUCCUUGAGGAGCCAGUGUGUUCGUUCCUGUCAUUGUUAUUUAGUGUUACAAAUUUUAUAGAGGGUGGAAAAAAACUCUUACUCAAAAUUCCCAACAGCUUGUUUUUAUUGACUCUGUAUUUUUUACCAGUAAAUGAUUUGGUCCCCUGCUGAGUGAAUUUCCAAACCAAAACUUAUUGAUUAUUACAAGAUAAUCACAAAGAAAUCAAAAGUUCCCCGGGGUUUGGUGUUUUAGUAUGGUGAGUCCUCUGUGAGUAGAACGAAGUGACCCAGCGAGGGUUAACAUAAGCAGCACUGUGUUCCCUCCUCCUGACGUUGACUGAGCACUCACACACACUUACACACUCUCUCUCACACACACACACACACACACACACACACACACACUUUCUCCGCUGAGGCCAGCAAAGAGCCAGAGAGGAGGGACCGUGUGCAGCUCUGAGAGCCAGCUGUCGUUCGCUCAGAGCUGGGUCUUUUCUCUCCCUCACUCCCCCGUUCUCCACUGGCCUCAUCACUCCAUGGGACUCCAGACCUGGCCGCCAAGCAAACCACCACUGUCCUCCAUGGCCUGCCUUGAUGUGGAGACCCCUUCCAUCUGCAGGGGUAAAUUCAAAUCAGUCCUCCAGCUCUGUCUGCAGCAGAGGAGAACUCGGGAGCAGCUUGUGGAGCAAGGCAUCAUGCCACCUCUGAAAACACCGGCGGCCUUUCAUGAGCAGAUUCGCAGCCUGGAGAGAGCUAAGACCGGAAACUUCUUAAAGCACAAACUCUGCAGCAGACCCGAGCGAUCUGAGCUGGUCCGUAUGCACAUCCUACAAGAGACCCAGGCUGAGCCCUCCCUGCAGGCCACACAGAUGAAGCUGAAGAGGGCCAGACUGGCUGAUGAUCUCAAUGAGAAGAUUGCACAGCGUCCUGGACCCAUGGAGCUGGUGGAGAAGAACAUCCUGCCUGUGGACUCUGCUGGCGAAGAGGACACCAAUGGUGAUAAGGUAAACUACUCUAAGACACCAGAUGUUUACAGCUUUGAUGAGGACAGCAGUGAUGCCUUAUCACCAGAACAGCCUUCCAGCCAGGAAACUCCCAGCUCCACCUCGGCCUCUCUAAGAGAGUCUGGAGGGACUGAGGCCACUUCAUCCUCCUCUCAAUUAAACUCUCCCAAACAGCAAUCCCCGCCACCCAACUCACAGUCCACACCAGAUGUAGUCAACCUCGUCUCUACCAACGAGCAACAAAGCAAUCCACGAGCAUCUACACCUCAGCCAAUCACCACUGUUGUCCCCAGUAUCACACCAGGGCCAGUUCUUGUGAAGCAAAGCCUGCCCAAGAUACCUGGCGAUAAAAGCCGCAGCAAAAAGAGCAAAGAGCCCAAACCAUGGGUGAAAAAGCUGAAGUACCAUCAGUACAUUCCUCCGGACCAGAAGCAGGAGCUCAACGAAGUGCCGAUGGACUCUGCUUAUGCCCGCCUCCUGCAGCAGCAGCAGCAGUUUCUGCAGCUGCAGAUCUUAAGCCAGCAACAGCAGCAGUACAACUACCAGGCUGUGCUGCCUGCCACAGUAAAACCAGCAACUGAGGUACAAACCAGCUGUUCCAGUGUUCUGAGUGGAAACGCUGCGUCUGCCCCUGCGCAGCACCGCCACACUCGACCAAACCGCAGGCCGGAUCAUUUACCAGCUAAUCUGGAUGAGAUGAAGGUGGCUGAGCUGAAAAUGGAACUAAAACGCAGAUCUCUGCCUGUUUCUGGGACUAAGACAGACCUGAUAGAGAGGCUAAAGUUGUAUCAGGAGACCUCUGCUGCUACCGUGGAAACAACAGCCGUCACAACAGCCUCACAGUCUGAAAGCAUAAGGCUAACCCCACCUGUGUCCCCUAUAGCCUCUAAGGUGUCCAGUCUGGGCAUAGAGGACAGUAGUAUGGCAGACAGUCCGGCAAAUCUUUCAGAUGCUCUGUCUCCAACUUACGCUGCUCCCUGUGUGAGCUCCCCUCAGAGAGCUCCACAGGAGGAGUUUCCCACAGAGACAAGGUCCUAUGAGAAGGACUGUGCCAAGGACAAACGUCUGCAUGAGAAGGACUCUGAAAAGGACAAACGUCUGCAUGAGAAGGAGCGUCAAAUCGAGGAGCUGAUGAGGAAGCUGGAGCAGGAGCAGAGGCUGGUGGAGGAACUGAAGAUGCAGCUGGAGGUGGAGAAGAGGAGUCAGCAAGGAGAUUCUCCACCUCAGCUCAGCCCUCUUGCUCCCAUCCAGGUCAAAGAGGAAAAUAGGUCCCCCUUAAACUGCUCCAUGUCCUGCAGCUCUCCUGGUCUGCCAGUGUUAGUCAAACAGGAGGAGGCUGCAGAUCAGAGCCACUUAGCUGCUCCAAAUCAAUUCAUCAUCAGCCAUCAGACCAUCAAGCAGCCUGAAGCCCUGCAGUCUGUCCAAGCUGGAGCACAGAUCCUCCUGCCUGCAUCCCUUCCUGCCUCAGCAGUCACUAUCCAGCUCCCAGCCAACGGCAUCAAAUUACAUCCUACUGUCAGCAGCGCAGCCGCAGGCCUCAUCCAGACCUCUGGACAGGUGCCACAGAAAAUAGAGGCCUCAGCAGCAUUACAACAGCAAUGCAGCACUCACACUCAGUCACUGACAAAGACGUGGAGGAUGGAUACCACAGCACAAAGCUUACUCAACACAUUCCCAGCAAGUGGAUGUCCUGCAGGAGCCGCUGCUAACCAGCCCGUCCCUAAAGGCCCGAGGAAUAAGUCUCCCGGUCCCAGCCAGCCACCGUUGAUCUUUCAGCAGCCAACAUUCACAAACCAUGUGUCAAAGUGUAAAGACCCACCCCGCUAUGAGGAUGCAGUUAAACAGACACGCAGCAUGCUAACAGCUGCUCAGGGUCCCACUGCAGCCAGCCAGCAGAUGGAUGACCUGUUUGACGUGUUGAUUGAGAGCGGUGAGAUCUCCCCCUUCAUCAGACAGGAUCCUCCCAGCCUGGACAAGCCUCUCCCUGUGACCGCCAGCGUUACCACCCUUCCUAUCAACAUGGUUUUAUCACGCCCUCCUCCCAUGGUUCAAGUGGCCCAGCUGCCUUCUUCACCCCUUAAACCCUCAACCACCUUGGCAGCACUGACUUCUGACACCCAGCUUGACACCCUCUUGGACUGCACACUAGGUGCUGACACAGAGCCACAAACACUGAAGCUGAUAGAGGAGUUACACUCACCCAUAGACGCCAUGGAUGUGGACUUUAAUGAAAACACACCGCCCUCUGCUUUGACCUUGCAUAACACCAACAUUGACAAUAUGGACUGGCUGGACCUUACCCUGUCUGUGCCAGCAGAGGGGGUCAACCCUUUGGACAUGUCAACACCAGUGGGUGUCUUCUCCUCUGACUUCCUGGACCCUCAUGAACUGUGUUGAUGGAAUUGAGGUAAUUUACAUCAAUCAACGCAUAACUGGUGUGUUAUCAAUAUAAGGCAUAUUAAUCAAUAUAUUACUUGUAUGUAAUCCAUUUACUGCGUAUUAUUUGUAAUCAAACAGUACAUUUACUCAUGUAACUGUGCAAAGAAGAGCAGGAAAAAUGUCACUUGGACUAGUGGAUGCCAGAAUGAGUGUGCAUCAGGAACUGCCAAUUUUUGGGAAAAGGUAGAGGGUGUAGAGUCAGACACACCACCUAAUGCUAACUCAACUGGAGGAGAAGCCUUCUGUGGUGUGCAGAUGGGACACAAACCCUCUAAUGGCUGAAGCAGCACACUAGCCAUGGUCAUAUCUAUGCGAGCGUCCCAUGUGUGUUUAUUGCCCAAUCAGUCACAUCCCAUCUCACUAGGAGGAGUGCAGGGUAGGAGAGGAAGGGGGUCACGGAGGUUUAAAAGUGCAGUCCGGGAAAAUAUCUCAGCUCUGCAAUCUGGAUCCAGACCAUUAAUAUGUCAGAUUUGUACUUUGUACUCUCUGUUACCCGAAAAAUACAUGAUUGUGUGAUAAAGAUAAAGUCAAGUUCAUCUGAGUUUGGCUCCGAUGAAUCUAUCAAUGGAUGUUUUGAAACAUUGUUGAAGACGGACAAAAUCCAGAACAACUGCACUUGAACUGGGACUGGGUUCUGUUAAGUUGGAUUCUGUACACCUACAGGCCAUUUCAGAUAAACAUCAUUUUUAAUUAUUUAAGGGAGAGAUUAAUUUGUUUCCCUGGGAGAAUAAGAGCUGUUCGGAGGUGUGGGUAGCUCUGCUCUGCUUUUUGACAAGAUGAAUCAGUCCUUUGAGGUCUGUAAACCCUCUGGUUAUCUGUGGAGACUGACUAAACUUGGACUGCUAAUGGCUGUUUUAGAUUUCAAUCUUAAGUUAUGCCGCUCGUUUGUUAUCAAUCUCUUCUCACGUUUGCCCUCUUUGCCCUCCGAUUUUUAUGAAUGUACAUUGUUGUGUUGACUGUGGUAAUAGCAGAAAUUACAACUAUGAGAACAGACUGUAAACACACAAGCACUAAAUGUCAAGCAUGUCUGACAGAAGUUCUUGCAGAUCAGACGAAUCUUGUUUUACUAUCAUGAGUCAUGGGAAAACUACAAAAAUGAGUGUGCAUCUGUACACUGUGUGUAAUCUUGUAAGACCAGUUGUCCUAUAAGCUUAAAAAAAGGAGAAUCUUCACUUAUAGUUACAGUCUUGCUCUGUUAAGACUCUGUCCAAAUAAAUAAUAAUAAACUGUCAUAGGAAC